UUCACGUCUGCUGACGCAGCAUCCGGCAGCUCCUCGUCGUGCAGAUACGUAAAGGGUCAAUGGUCGGAAUGCGAUGCGAAUACCAACACGCGGUCGCGCACUCUGAACCUCAAGAAGGGCGACAAAUCCUGCGAACAGACCAAGACUAUACAGAAGAAGUGCAAGAAAGCAUGUCGAUAUGAGAAGGGCACGUGGAGCGGAUGCGCGAAUCAAAUGAUGACGAGAAUCGAUAAUCUGAAAGCGAACAGCGAUACAUCCUGCGAGAAGACGCGACGGCUCACCAAGAGGUGUAAACCGGAGACCAACACCAAGAAAUCUGCCAAAGGUGAAAGGUCGAACAAGAAAUCGAACAAGCAGUAAUUAUCCGCCGAUAUCUUCAAUCGUUUCUUCUAAUCGGGCAACGAAAGCGCACUCUCUCAUCUCCACGAUUCCCCCUACCUUCUUUCGAUCCCUUAUCCAAUCGCCAAUUGAUUGCGAGGCAGGAUUGCGUAAAUUCGUAUCGCGAUCGCCGAUCGAAGCGUUUCUCACACAUACUGCCUAGGAGUCAUUUGCAUUUCGGACGCAGCGACACGUGCCACGUGACUGCAACCCGUUUUUCAAGGUGCGCGCGCUGCCGUCGGUUAAUUACUGUUAAUAAUUCUUCUGGGAUAGUGCACAACACGUUUCGGUGAUCACAUCUGUUCUCGGCAGUAACUCGGUUAUUAACCCUUCCGAGAUUUUCUUGUAUCAUUUCGCCGCGAUACUUCAUAUCAGAUACGCGUAAAUAUUAUAUAGCUUAAACGUUUCGACGAUUUUUAGAUCCCCGAGCAAACCCGAGAUCAAUUAUAUCUAAUAACAGAUCCGGGCUCGAAUGGAAAAUAUCGUAUUCGUUUUAAGCGUACGGCUGUCGGAGAGACUCUUCUAUCUAACCCAUUGACAUAAUUUGCAACGAGUAGAGAAGUUAUUGAUCGCAUAAAGGUAUUCUAAAAAUGGACGUUGGCGAGAUCUUGGAGGGUUAAGCCGCGCAAUCAACCGGAGAAUCGAUUGGGAACCGAUACGUAACAUGUUCGAGAUGACGAAAGCUAAACACGGCCAAUCGUCAGUAGUGAUGCAGCUUAUGCAAUUGAAUCUUGACGAAUUCGUGACAUCCGAGCAUCUCUCUCUUGACGCGGAACUUUUUCCAUGACUUUCGUAUUAUCGGAUACAUCUGAAGAUCUGCAAGGAUUCAGGAGUUAGUUUUUUCCAGCGUGUUCUUGCAAAAUCUGCACCACUGGUCGUUCGAUUAACGAGCGUAGCACACAUCGUAGAGCUCCCUGACUAGAAGCAGCCGCCAUUUCGGAGGUUCGCAGAGGAGAUAAGAUCAUCCGCCAAAGCUGUUCUCUCGUCUUCCCGCAGCGAUAUUACAUUAUUAUUAAUAUUAUUAAUAUUAUUAUUGUUUAUCACAACAAGUAGCAGCGAUUCCCCUUUGGCUUAGCUGCUGAUCCACUUAAGAUCAUGUACAAUAUUUGUCAUACUAAACAGCUUUCAUUCGAUUUGUCACAUAAAUAUACAAUGUUCGGUGUUCAAAGUAACUGUGUCCUGUGUCAUGUAACAUGCGCGAGAUAUUCCGACAAUUAUUACGCCGUCGCGAAGGUUCGUCUGUUUAUAAACGAAGAUGUAUACUCGAGGGUGCCGUACCGAUGGCAUUUUCAAAUCAUGGCGAAUCAAAAAGUGUGAAAUCAAAAUGAAUCAAAAUGAUCAAAAAAAAAAAAAGGAACGCAUCAAAAAUGACAUUUGUCGAGGGAAUUAAUUAAAAAUGUGGAAGUAUACUAUAUAUAAAUAUAUCUAUAUAUUUAGUACACAGAAUGUUCGCGCGAGCCUAAUGAAUUUUUCCGGAAUCCUCCGCGCCUCUCUCGGCAGGACGUUGUCACUUCCGAUGUUAAUAUUCGCAGUUAACGUUAUAAUAAUAAUGUAUCAAGUGAUAACUGGCAAAUAUGGAAACUCGCCAAUGAGCAUGAAAAUCAAACUGAAAUAACUCGUCGUCUCAUCAAGCAUGCACGCUCGCGCGUGC